AUGAGUUGGGAGAAUCCAAUUGAGAGUGAUACAGAGCGUGAGAAUCAUGAGCUUGGUCUUGCACCUGGUGCAUCUGUUUCUCAAGAAGAUGCAUGGGCUGUGAUUUCAAGUUAUUUUGAAGAAAAAGGUCUUGUACGUCAACAACUUGAUUCAUUUGAUGAAUUUAUUCAAAAUACAAUGCAAGAACUUGUUGAUGAUUCGCGUUCGAUUCGAAUUAAUCCAGAAGCACAAUAUGCACCUGGACAAGCGAAAACAAAUACUGAUACGAUUUAUAACAUUUCGUUUGGUCAAAUUUACUUAUCUAAGCCUACAAUGACUGAAGCUGAUGGUUCGACAAGUGUCAUGUUUCCACAUGAAGCACGUUUACGAAAUUUAACGUAUUCUGCUCCACUUUAUGUUGAUGUUGUGUGUCAAAAGUAUCAAGCUCCAACAUCAGGACCUGCGAAUUUAGAAGAUAUGGAUCCAUAUGAUCAAGUGGAAACUCCGAAAGAAUUUAUUGGAAUGGUGCCAAUUAUGUUACGUUCACAAUAUUGUGUUCUGACGCAUAAAACGGAUAAAGAAUUGACGGAAUUGAACGAAUGUAUCUAUGAUCAAGGUGGUUACUUUAUUAUUAAUGGAAGUGAAAAGGUUUUGAUUGCACAAGAACGUAUGAGUAAUAAUCACGUCUAUUGUUUUCGAAAGAAUGCAGCAUCCAAGUAUAGUUGGGUUUGUGAAACUCGUUCACAUGUGGAACAUGGUGUACGUCCAACAAGUACUAUGUACGUUCAAAUGUAUCAAAAAGGAGGUGGCAAAAGUGCGAUUACGGGAAAUCAAAUACGUGCUGUGAUUCCAUACAUUCGUCAAGACAUUCCUGUUGUUAUUAUCUUUCGUGCUCUUGGUUUUGUGGCCGAUCGGGAGAUUCUUGAACAUAUUUGUUAUGACUUUUCAGAUGCUGAACUAAUGGAACGUUUUAAAUCAUCACUUGAAGAAGCUUUUGUGAUUCAAGAACAAGAAGUGGCUUUGGAUUUUAUUGGACGUCGAGGAAGUGCAAUUAAUGUGAGUAAAGCAGAUCGUAUACGUUAUGCUCAAGACAUUUUACAGAAAGAAAUGCUACCUCACGUUGGGGUUGAAGACCAUAAUGAGACGAAAAAAGCUUAUUUCUUAGGUUAUGUUGUUCAUAAACUUCUCAUGUGUUCAUUGGGUCGCAUUGGUGAAGAUGAUCGUGAUCAUUAUGGAAACAAACGUCUUGAUCUUGCUGGUCCACUACUUGGUAGUCUCUUUCGUGUCUUGUUUAAAAAAUUAACAAAAGAUGUCAAAUCGUUCUUGCAAAAGUGUGUGGAUAAUGGCAAAGAUUUCAAUUUGACGCUAGCUAUUCGUUCUCGAACGAUUACAAAUGGAUUACGAUACUCCUUAGCGACGGGAAAUUGGGGAAUGCAAAAGAGUGCGUCUAAAGCUGGAGUCUCACAAGUGCUCAAUCGACUAACGUAUGCAUCAUCACUUUCACAUUUGCGUCGUUUGAACACGCCACUUGGUCGUGAAGGUAAACAAGCUCAACCUCGUCAAUUGCAUAAUACGCAUUGGGGAAUGAUUUGUCCUGCAGAGACACCCGAAGGACAGGCAGUAGGUCUUGUGAAGAAUUUAGCAUUAAUGGCGUAUAUUUCUGUUGGAUCACCACAGGCUCCAAUUUUAGAGUUUCUAGAAGAGUGGGCUACUGAGAAUCUGGAAGAGAUCAAACCUCAGAUCAUUCCACAUUCGACAAAGAUCUUUGUGAAUGGAAAUUGGGUAGGAGUUCAUCGUGAGCCAAACGAGUUGAUUCGUACGUUACGAUCACUACGUCGCUGUGUCGACAUCGAUGCUGAAGUGUCAGUCAUUCGAGAUCUAAUGAAUAAGGAGCUACGUAUUUACACGGAUGCUGGUCGCGUGUGUCGUCCAUUGUUUAUUGUUGAAGACAAUCAAUUGUUGUUACAGAAAGAACAAGUGGUGAAGCUUCAGAAUCAUAAGAUUACGAAUUAUUGCUGGCACAAUUUAUUAACAGAUGGUGUCGUUGAGCUUAUUGAUACAGAAGAAGAGGAAGUUUGUAUGAUAGCCAUGGAGCCAAAAGACGUUGGUAUUGGUUCUCAGAUCCACACGCAUUGCGAGAUUCAUCCAUCUAUGAUCCUUGGUAUCUGUGCUAGUAUUAUUCCAUUCCCCGAUCAUAAUCAAUCACCUCGUAAUACGUACCAAUCUGCUAUGGGAAAACAAGCAAUGGGAAUCUAUUGUUCAAACUUUCGCGCAAGAAUGGAUACGAUGGCUAAUGUACUUAACUAUCCUCAAAAACCUCUCGUUACGACGCGUGCUAUGGAAUAUUUACACUUUCGAGAAUUGCCGUCUGGAAUUAAUGCGAUUGUAGGUAUUGCAUCGUAUACAGGAUACAAUCAGGAAGAUUCACUGAUCAUGAAUCAAAGUGCUAUUGAUCGUGGAUUCUUUCGUUCAACAUUCUAUCGUUGUUAUGUUGAUCAAGAACGGAACAAGAGUCCACAUGGUGGACCUGGUGGAGGUGCAGGAGGUGCAAAUUGUGAAGAGUUUGAAAAACCUUCGCGAGAUAAUUGUCUUGGCUUGCGUCAUGGAAGCUAUCACAAACUUGAUAAUGAUGGAUUGGUUGCUCCUGGUACUCGUGUAAGUGGUAAUGAUAUUAUUAUUGGGAAGACGUCACCAUUACCAGUAUCGGAAGAUUCAUCAUUAGAGCAACGUCAUCAGAAACGUGAUGCAAGUACAGCAUUGCGAUCACAUGAAAAUGGAAUUAUUGAUAGUGUCAUGCUUACGACGAAUGCUGAUGGAUUUAAAUUUACAAAAGUGAGGUUUCGUAAUAUUCGUAUACCUCAAAUUGGUGAUAAAUUUGCGUCACGACACGGACAAAAGGGUACGAUUGGAAUGACAUAUCGUCAAGAAGAUAUGCCGUUUACAGUGGAAGGGAUUACACCUGAUAUUGUUGUCAAUCCUCAUGCUAUUCCAUCACGUAUGACUGUUGGACAUUUAGUUGAAUGUUUACUUGGUAAAGUUUCAUCUCAAACAGGUGAUGAAGGAGAUGCUACACCAUUUACUGAUGUAACGGUUCAAGCCAUUGCGGAUACUUUGCAUAAUCUUGGAUAUCAAAAACAUGGAAAUGAAGUGAUGUAUAGUGGUCAUACUGGACGUCGUUUGACAGCCCAGAUUUUUAUUGGUCCAACGUUUUAUCAACGUUUGAAACAUAUGGUUGAUGAUAAGAUUCAUUCUCGUUCACGUGGUCCAGUUACAAUGUUAACACGUCAACCUAUGGAAGGACGUGCUCGUGAAGGUGGUUUGCGUAUGGGUGAAAUGGAACGUGAUUGUUUGAUAUCGCAUGGUUCUGCUAAUUUCUUAAUGGAUCGUCUUUUUGCGAAUUCGGAUGCUUAUCGUGUUCAUGUGUGUGAUAUUUGUGGAAUUAUUGCAAUAGCAAAUUUACGAAAAAUGACAUUUGAAUGUCGUACAUGCCGUAACAAGACGCAGAUUUCACAAGUUCACAUUCCAUACUCGUGUAAGUUGCUAUUUCAAGAAUUGAUGUCCAUGUCGAUUGCCCCUCGUUUAUUUACACUUGGGAAUCCAAAUGGACCAAAACUUGUGCAAACGUAA